CGUCAAACACCGAAAAAACAGCUGUUCUUCGAGGACUUGGGCCCGACAUCCCACAGCUUCCCCAUGGCACCCCUCCCUCGCUUUCCUGACGUCUUGAGAUGCCGCUCUGGCCACGGUUCGUGGUCCCACUCUAAAAAUAGCGUUCUAGAACAAACAAAAACACUCCACAAAAAAAUUCCACCCUCGGAUCUCGCGCAAUUCCACCCCCGGUGCUGCUCCUGGUUGGCGAUCAUAUAUAUCCACUUUCACACCGGCUAUACCUCUUCUUCUCAACCCAUCCACUCGUUACGAUGCAAAUUAAAUACUUAACUGCCAUCGCUGCCUUCGCUGGUUCAGCUGCCGCCAUCGGUGACCUUGCCUUCAACUUAGGUGUUAAAGACAACAACGGUAACUGUAAGUCCACCCAAGAGUACGAAAACGACUUCAAGAACUUAGAAUCCUACUCCAAGAUCAUCAAGACCUACGCUGUCUCCGACUGUAACACCUUGCAAAACUUGGGCCCAGCUGCUGAAGAAGCUGGUUUCCAAAUCAUGCUUGGUAUCUGGCCAAACGACGACGCCCACUUCCAAGCUGAACAAGAUGCUUUGACCACCUACUUGCCAAAGAUCUCCGUUGACACCAUCAAGGUCUUCACUGUUGGUUCCGAAGCUCUUUACAGAGACGACUUGACUGCCUCCGAAUUGGCCGACAAGAUCAGCACCAUCAAGGACCUCUUGAAGGACAUCAAGGACAAGGACGGUAAGUCCUACGGUGGCGUCGAGGUCGGUUUCGUCGACUCCUGGAACGUCUUGGUUGACGGUGCUGCUCAACCAGCCAUCAAGGCCGCUGACUUUGUUUUCGCCAACGCUUUCUCUUACUGGCAAGGACAAACCAUGAAGAACUCCUCCUACUCCUUCUUCGAUGACAUCAUGCAAGCUUUGCAAACCAUCCAAACCGUCAAGGGCUCCACCGACAUCAACUUCUGGGUUGGUGAAACCGGAUGGCCAACUGAUGGUACUGCUUUCGAAUCUUCUCAACCAUCUGUCAACAAUGCCAAGCAAUACUGGCAACAAGCCAUCUGUGCCAUCAGAGCUUGGGGUGUUAACGUUGCUGUUUUCGAAGCUGUCGAUGAAGCCUGGAAGCCAAACACCUCCGGUACCUCCGACGUUGAAAAGCACUGGGGUGUCUGGGAUGCCAACAACAACUUGAAGUUCCCAUUAGGAUGUGACUUUUAGAUUUGUUUUAGUGAUUCUCCCAAAUUUUCAUUUCCUGAUUAAAAAUACCCAUUAAAAAUAUGAUUUGCACAUUAUUGAAAUUAUUUGGUUUGAAGCAUCUAUGUUGACCUAAAAAGUUAAGUAGCUAGAAAACUUUGGCAUGUCAGUCGAUGUGCUUGAUUUGACCUUCUCUCAUCCACGAUACAGUUAUUUGUUAAUCAUACUCUAUUCCUACUAUGAUUAUCUGAAUACAACUUGGUUUAUUCGUCUGUACG